AUGGCGGAUAAAUUCCACCAGAACUCCACCGCCGAUUACCCAAUUUCUCUCCGUCUCACGGCGGAGAUUUUUUCCAUGGAAAGAGGCCCGAGGUACAGAGCCUACGCAGAGCUCAGAGAAUCCAAGCUCCGGCUGAGAAACGCACUGUACCGCGACAACGAACAGCCAGAAAAGCCCACGCCGCCGACGAAGAAGCAAGUUAAAUUUAUGGGUUUGGAGACCGUAAAGAAAAGGUCAGCGGCGGUGGCGCAAUCGGUGCCGGAUUUCUCUGCAGUACUGAGGAAGGAGAACAGAAAGCCACCGCCGGGAUUGUCGCCGGUGAUGGAGAUGACACCACCAGGGAAGACGCCGGGGAAAAACAUUGCCGGAUUGUCGGCGAAUUCGAAAGGGAGUAAGUCGGCUAGUGCAGGGGAAAAAAGGGUCGGCAGAUUGACCGACGUGAGGAAGAGCUACGCCGGAUUUGAGGAGGUGAAGGGGCUUACAACGGCGGCGGCGAACUCCAUUAAUGGCGAAAACAGAGGAAGGAGAGGGAAAACUGUAUUGGGAGUUAAAACAGAUUUGAAACAAAAUCAUUUCAAGAACAGAGAGUUUUGA